GCGGGUGACGUCACUUCCGGGUCGCGGCGGCCGCGCUGCCCCAUGGCGGCGGCGGCGGCGGGGGGUGGCGGUUCGGCGGCGUUGGGCGACGGCGGCGCCAUCGACUACUCGGUGCACGAGGCGUGGAACGAGGCCACCAACGUAUACCUGCUGGUGGUGCUGGCCAGCCUGGCGCUGCUGGUCUACACGCGCCGGAACAAGAGGAGGAUCCUGCGCAUCUUCGCGCUGCCGCCCGCUGCCGCUGGGCUUCCCCCGCCGCACACCGACUUCUACAGCGGCCUGAAGAAGAUCCGCCUGCGGCAGCAGCUGGAGAUGUACUCCAUCGGUGUCAUGAUGAGGAGCUUCUCAGAAACAGAAGUGGAUGAUGAGUGGAGAUGAAGAAAUCAUACAUUUAAGAAGUUGGCUCAAGUUUCCGUUACAGGCAUGGAAAGUUUCUGAGACCAAGCCAUGCGAGAAGAACAUGAGUAAAGAAGAGGGAGAUGUAGACCCAGACUUUCUAGAAGGGAUUGCAGGAUUUGAGAGGACGCUGCGCAAACGUCACGUAGUUUGCUUGCUUAUUCAUUUACCUGCACCCCUGGAUUGUAACUUUGUUUGCAUAUCUGCUUGGAAGUUGAAAAAUCCCCUCACAUCUGUGUCUUUAAUAUAAUCAUGGCUUCAAACUUGUUUUAGGAAGAGCAGAAUAUUGCUGUAGUUUUUGUUUGUGGAUUAGAUAGUUGCUGCUUUGUACUUGAAAUCAAUUUUGUUUUCUUGUAGAAACCAACACUGAAUAUGGAAAAGAUCAGACUAUGACCGUUAUGAAACAGGCAAUGAGGGAGUUUGCUUGCGUUUGAGCAACAGCCUUUGCAUAAAAAGUGUGACAGGUGCACAGGUUAAGAAAAAAAAAAAGACAGUGCUAGCCCUCUCAUUUGAGUAACCUUAUGAUGUAUUGUUCUUUUGCUGUCCUUAGACAGAUGUUAGAAUCAAAUAUUAAUCCGUUCAAUCCUUUUUAUUUGACUGCUGGUCACAAAAAUAUUCCAAAUAGGUAAGAUUUCUUGGCAGGGCUGUGGGGUUUGAAGUGUAGAUAGUAUUGAGUUAGGGGGGAGCUUUACAGAAAGGUAGUUUUUUGAACACCUUGGCUGUUACAUGAAGUAUCUCCAAGGAAAUGCUAGCCAGCAGUCCAUCAAGUUACAAUGCUGUGAACAGGCUUGUAGUAAGUCUCUGCUACAGAGUUACUAAGACUUUGACAUAAGUGUAUUUAAAAUAUUAAAAUGAAAUUUAAUUUCUUGUAUUGGACAGUGUUGCUGGUAGAGGCAAAGAGCAUCUUUAUUUUUCUUAUGGACUCUCAUCUGGUGUUUUAUCCUUAAUAAAAGGCUGUGGUUAUUUUUGCAUACUGACUGAAUAUUUGGCCUUUAAAAAUAUAUAAUUAGAUGGAAGGGUAAAAGCAGUUGUUAAAGGAUUGUUUUUCUAAUGAAAAUAGUUUGAAAUCAUGUAAUUUUAGUUUCUUCCAAAUAGAUAUGAUUAGUGUGUUGGGAAUACUUCUACAGUUGAUAUAAAGGGAACAGUUGAGAGAUGGUGGCUGAGUAUGUGUCCAGAUAUUUUUGUAGCUAACAGUGAUAUUUUUUCAGUCUCCUUACUUAGAUACUUCCAUAUACUUGAAGAGCUAAAUUACAAUUGGAUACAAAAACUAUUUGCACUUAGUAGUAUUUAUAUUUUAAAAUACAUAUUACUGUACUAACUGAUAAGUAAAUCACAAUGAGUGUGAGAAAAUCCUGUCCUAUGUUAUUACCUUGAUAGAAAUUUGAAUAUGGGAUAGUAUUGUCUGUAUCAUAAAAAUGUUUUCAUGGAUUUUUAGCUGCUAAAAGUUAAAUCAAUAAACUUUAGUUUCUGUUGUUGACUGGAACAAGUAAAUCUG